AUGUCUUCACCGUUUUCGAGUAGCAGCACCGGUGAACAGUUUCGUCCCCCUCUCACCAUGUAUCAGUUUGAUCAGCUGUACAGCCUCGAGAACGGUGAACUGAUUCAAUCGGGUGGCUACGCCUCGGUCGUCUGUGGCGUCCGACGAGCCGACCGAACUCCGUUGCACUGUUUUCGCUUGGUACAGGUGGCCAUCAAGACGAUAUUUUUGGGGAAAAGGACCGAAUGGGACGUGGGCGCCAACGGUCGGCCCAUUCCCCGAGAGGUGGCCUGUCUGCAGAAGGCGGCCCAGGUGCCAGGCGUCAUUCGAAUGCUCGACUGGGUGGCGGUGAACAACGGGCCGCAGUACGUGAUCGUCAUGGAGCGACCGGAGCACGCUGAAGAUCUGAUGGAGUUCUACAACCGAGCGCCGGGAGAGUUUGACCCGCAGCUGGCGCAAAGUCUGCUCCGUCAGCUGGCGACCACACUGCUCGGCUGUCACCAGGCGGGCGUCCUCCACUGCGACCUGAAGGAGGAGAACCUCCUCAUCGACCGCGAGACGAAGUCGCUGAAGCUGAUCGACUUCAACCUGGCCCACUACCUGCAGCCGGGCAAAGUGUACAGCAAGUUUGUCGGCACGGAAAACUGCGUACCGCCUGAGGUGAUCACCUCAGGGCAGUACGACGGACAGCAGGCGGAGAUCUGGGCCAUCGGCGUGCUCUUCUACCGUCUGGUCACCGGCAAUGAGCACCCAUUUGGCGGCGUGGAGAAGAUUACCAGUGGGCAGCUGGUGCUAGGUGGAAAGCAGCUGUCGCCGCAGUUUGAAGAUCUGCUUCGCAAGUGCCUGGCGAUUAACCCGCGUGAUCGCAUCUCUCUGCAGGACAUCCUUCAGCAUCCGUGGGUUAGUCAGUUGAGUUCAGCGGUUGAGAGCGCAACUGAAGGCGGUGAUAAUCUUCAGGGCUGA